GGGAGUGAACAGCACUUACCAACAUGGCUGCGUGCAGUGUGGAAGAGCUGUUGGCGAAAGCCGAGCAAGACGAGGCAGAAAAACUGAGAAGCAUCUCCGUCAUCAAAGAGCUGGACCUGGAGUUUGACGUCGGUAACCUGCUGGCGUGCGACAAAAACCGCACCGAGUCCCGGGACUUCAGGGGUCAGAAGAAAGAGGACUUCCUUCGGUCUUUAGCUCGUGACAACACACAGCUCCUCAUCAACGAGCUCUGGAAACAGCCCACGGAGAGGGUCGAGGAGGCGAUAGUGGCCAAAUUACCGGACCCGACGACCCCGCUGCCCAGAGAGAAGCCGCCUCCGAAGCCCAGACCUCCGACGAAAUGGGAGCAGUUCGCCAAACUGAAGGGCAUACAGAAGAAGAAGAAGACCAACUUGGUCUGGGAUGAAACUGCGAAGGAGUGGAGGAGACGCUGGGGCUACAAGAGGGCCAACGACGACACCAAGGAGUGGCUGAUUGAGGUGCCGGAGACCGCAGACCCAAAUGAGGACCAGUUCGCCAAACGCGUCAAAGCUAAGAAGGAGAGAGUGGCCAAGAACGAACUCAACAGGCUGAAGAACAUCGCCAGGGCGCAGAAGGUCAAAGUACCAGGUGUGGGACUGACCCCGAAAGCCCAGCAGUCCAAAGACGAGCUGGCCAAAGCCGUGAGCGUGGCCAGAACCUCCACGGCAUCCGUGGGGAGGUUUCAGGACCGGCUGCCUAAAGAGAAACCACCAAAGAACACGGGCAAGAAGAGGAAGUUUGAGCCCCUCAUCGGUGACUUUUCUAACGAGAAGCAGAAGCAGCUGGAGCUUCUGAAAAUCAUGGACAGCAAGAAGCCCAAGUUGGACAUCACCAAAGCCGUCAAUAAACAGAUGAGAGAGGAGGACAGGGAGGAGGCCGCAGCUAAAUACAGGAAGGGAGCAGGGAAGAAAGGACGCAAAGGCAGCAUGUCAGGAAAGGGCAAAGGGAAAGGUGGGAAAGGAAAAGGAGGUAAAGCAGGAGGAGGUGGAGGGAAGAAGAGAUCUAAACCCGGGAAGCACUGAGGACUCUCACCUCCCGUGUCCUUCUACAUCUGCUUGUGCCUUGGCAUCUGGACUGGACAUUCACGAUGCAAAAUGAAAUGACUGUUUGAUUCACCUGUGAAUGAUGGGUGUGAUGCUGUGACUGUCCAGGGUUUUUGUGGCUUUUCCCACUUUGUGUAAAUGAGUUUUAGUGUAAAUUGGUCCCAGUAUGUGUAAUAUUAAUGUAAAACACUCUGAUAAAUACACGUAAUUAAAAUCAGGCGAUUGUGUUUCCUUUCCCGUUUAGGUGAAUGCAAAAAAACAACAAACAAACAACAAAACCUCUUUUCCUGUUAGGAAGACUAAUAGCAUAUUGUUGCUUAUUGUGUCCUUAUGCAUGCGAUUACACAACUGACAGAAAAUGAAUUAACUACUGAUGAGUGUAACAGAACUUCAAUACAACAUUUUAACAAUAAGCAAAAGAAAAUAAAUUCACUGAAGUUGCUGUGACAUACUUAGUGAGUAUUAUGUUGCAGUGAUUCUCAGAGAAAGGUUCAGAAACAUGCUGAGUAUUGUUUAUAUGAAACAACUGUCUCAUGUUACAUGUUUUCAUCAUCACCCAACCCUGCUGUAAAAGAUCUUUACAUUUGUAUUUCCGAUAAUCGGGUUGCCUAAAUUGAACAACAAUACCGAACAGGUGACACAGGCACGUCAGCAACAGGUUAAAAUGUAAAAUCUGUGCAAAUAUUCAAUGUAAACAUGGGGUGAGCAAUAUAUUUUGGUUGUAUCGCACAUGUUUUCUUAAUAACUGCCCUAAAUUGCCUCAACAGAUAAACGCUUGAACUCUGA